AUCAUUUCAGAGCGACCUUCUCGGGAAGCCGGAGGCCAAUCUGAAAGGUGAAAUCCCCCCGAGAGAGGAGAGAGAGCGCGAUAACGAUGGCGAUGCUAGAGAGCAUUGUCGUUUUCGCCCUGCUUUUGUUGUUCCUCUUCCUCCUCAUCGUCCUCCUAGCCUGUAAACCGUGGCGUUUUUUCUCCUCCUCUCGCUCCCGCGGCAUCAAGGUUGGUGAUUUAGAUAGGCCACUUGUGUCAGAUGAUGUGGAUCUAGCUCGAGAACAGGGCAAUGACUUGACAAGAAAUUACGAUUUAGAGGGGGCUUGUUUUCAAAAUGAUUUGCGCCCACCUCGAACUCAAGGGCUUGUUCACAAACAGAGGCUUCCGGCUGUACUUCCUCAUGUAACUCAUGGUGAUAGCUUGACUCUAGAUGUGAUUUCUGAUGCAUCAGAAGAUGCUUUGAUUGGUCAGACAAUUAAGCAUUCCUCACGAACAGACCACUUAGUUGAAGUGCAAAAGCAUGUUAGGCAGGAAGUUCGAAAUCACAGGUUGAAAUUUGAAGUAAAAAAUGAUCAAGUUCCUGAUUAUUUGCCCAAGGUUAUCCAUGAUCAGAGAAGUUGCCUCUCCCUUGAGGUUGUGUCUGGUCCUUCUUGUGGACUCCGUUAUUCUAUACAGUCAACAAGUGCUUCCAAGCUUCCACUGACUCUUGGGAGAGUUUCUCCAAGUGACUUACUAUUGAAAGAUUCAGAGAUUUCUGGAAAGCAUGCCAUGAUAAAUUGGAAUUCAAAUAAAUUGAAAUGGGAGCUGGUAGAUAUGGGUAGCCUAAAUGGAACAUUUUUGAAUUCUCAGCCGAUCAAUCACCCUGAUUCUGGAAGAAGGCAUUGGGGUGACCCAAUGGAGCUUUCAAGCGGAGACAUAAUAACACUUGGCACAACUUCAAAUAUUCAUGUUCUUAUUUCAUCUCAAGAUCAAUGCCAGAUGCCAUUUGCAGUUGGUAUGGCUUCAGAUCCUAUGGCUUUGCGUAGAGGAGGAAAGAAGCUUCCCAUGGAAGAUGUUUGCUAUUAUCAAUGUCCCCUUCCUGGUGUCGAUCAGUUUGGAGUGUUUGGCAUCUGUGAUGGCCAUGGUGGUGCUGAAGCUGCCAAAUCUGCUAGCAGGAUUCUGCCCGAGACAAUUGCUACUAUUUUGUCAGAUUCUCAAAAAAGAGAGAGUGUUCUUUCACAAUGUGAUGCUUCUGAUGUCCUUAAAGAUGCAUUUUCUCAUACAGAGGCUCACAUGAAUCAUUAUUAUGAGGGUUGUACAGCAACAGUGCUUCUUGUCUGGGCUGAUGGUGAUGACAGUUUCUUUGCUCAAUGUGCAAAUAUUGGGGAUUCAGCAUGUGUUAUAAAUGUUGAUGGUCAACAGAUUAAAAUGACAGAAGACCAUAGAAUAACUAGUUAUUCUGAAAGACUCCGAAUUGAAGAAAGUGGAGAACCACUAAAAGAUGGGGAAACCCGUCUAUGUGGUUUUAACCUUGCUAGGAUGCUUGGAGAUAAAUUUGUGAAACAGCAAGAUUCGCGCUUCAGUUCAGAACCUUACAUAAGUCAAGCUGUGCAUAUCAAUAAAACAAGUGGAGCCUUUGCACUAUUAGCAAGUGACGGCUUCUGGGAUGUUGUUAGUGUCAAGAAAGCAGUUCAGUUAGUCGUGCAGACGAGGGAGAUAUAUCCUGCCGAGGAGAAUUCUGCAGAGAAGAUUGCUAAUUUUUUGUUGAAUGAGGCUAGAACACUGCGAACAAAGGAUAACACCUCUAUUAUUUUCUUGGAUUUUUACAGCUUAUCUAGUAGCUCUUCCUGUAAAGUUGAUAACUAAUAUGAAUCUCAAGGUUUUAGUGUAAAGUUAUGAUUUAUUUUUGUUCGUCCUAGUUUUUUCUU